GUAACACCAUCAUCAAAAGUAGUAGGAGACUUGGCUCAGUUCAUGGUACAGAACAAACUGUCUGCUGCAGAUGUUGAAGCAGGGGCAGAGAAUCUUAGCUUCCCCAAGUCUGUCAUAGAAUUUGUCCAAGGAUACUUGGGUGAGCCUUAUGGAGGAUUCAGUGAACCACUUCGAACAAAGAUGCUGAAGGGUUUGCCAACAGUAAAGGGACGUCCUGGAGCAACGAUGGCUCCUUUAGACUUCGCUGCAAUUAAAUCUAAACUCUCUGAAGAGCAUGGCCCACGUAUAACUGAGUAUGAUGUUCUGAGUUAUGCUAUGUAUCCUAAGGUGGGCAUAGACUUCAUUUAUUAAAGUAUUAUUUUUACUAUUAGUAGCUUCCUUAAGGGAGGUUCCUUGAUGCCUGUGAGGGGCUCUUGAUCUAGGGCAUUGGACCUAUGCUCCCCUUCUUUUGAUUGAAUCUGACCUCCUUACCAUCCACCCUUUUCCCCAGGUGCUGUAUGACCCCUACUAGUUCAGUGCUUCCAUCAUGACUGUAAUGUAGCUACAUGUACAGAGCUAAGCUUGUGAUAUUUAACCC